AUGAGCUCAUUCGCCGUCACAGGCAAGGCAGGCCUCAAGCUAGACUCUGCCCAAGACAUCCAGCCCUACCUGGUCGACAUCCUCAAGCAGAAGCAAGAGCUCACGAGCGUCACCGUCUCUGGUAACACGCUCGGCGUCGAGGCAUGCACAGCGCUUGCAGAUGCCUUGCAACAGCUGCCUAAGCUCGAGCGCGCCGACCUGUCUGAUAUCUUCACCGGCAGGCUGAUCACAGAGAUCCCUCUGGCACUCAAAGCUCUCUGCGACUCGCUCAUUUCGACCCACUCGCUCAGGCUGAUCGACUUGAGCGACAAUGCCUUUGGUGGUCGAUCGGUCGAGCCCAUGGUUGACUUUCUCGUCGGCAACACGGCUCUGAGCAUCCUCAAGUUGAACAACAACGGGCUCGGCCCUGCAGGAGGAAGCGUCGUAGCAGACGCGCUCACCGCCUCGGCAGCCAACAGCAAGCAAAAGGGCAAGCGAACCAAUCUACAGACCAUCGUCUGCGGGCGGAACCGGUUGGAGAAUGGCUCGGCGCCUGCAUGGGCAAAAGCCAUUCGCGCUCACGCGAGCUCGAUAAAGGAAGUCAAGAUGGUUCAGAACGGUAUAAGACCGGAAGGCUUUGCGACGCUCGUCACUGACGGAUUGAGGCACUGUCCAUCGCUCGAAACACUCGACUUGCAAGAUAACACUGCCACUUUGCGCGGUAGUCGCGCCAUUGCUCGCGCUCUACCUCAUUGGCCAAAGCUCAAAAGCCUCAACUUGUCAGAUUGUCUCUUGCGACCGAAAGGAGCCGUCAUGAUCAUGGAGGCACUCAACAAGGGGCACAAUCCAGAACUGACGGAGCUUAAGUUACAAUCAAACGAGAUUGAUGACAGGGCGGUCAGAAUAUUAAAGCUGGCCUUGGGCAGCCAUCUCAAGAGGCUGUCCGUCAUCGAACUCAACGGCAAUCGCGUUGGCGAUGAAGACGAAGUGGUCAUAGAUUUACGAAGCGCACUCGAAACCAACGGCUUCCCGGACGCACUAGACGAAUUAGACGAUGUUGAGGAGGCAGACGAAGACGAUGAAGAGGAGGAAGAGCUAGAAGACGACGAAGAGGAACCUGUGGCAGGUGUCGCCGAUGGGUCGGCCGAGCAGGUCGACCUCACAGAAGCCAGCAUCGUGCAGGAUGACAAGGCACGCGAAGAAGCGGAACCUCUGCAGGCUUCUAAGGACGACCUUGACGACCUCACGAGCGCGCUCGCAGCUACGAGCCUCAAGCGAUGA